AAUGCAGGGAGGUCUCGUGUCUGCGCACAAGCCAGCGCACCCAUUUACAGCCACCAGAGGGCGUGAUUUGAACAGACAACGGCUCUGCGGCUGCGCGUACGCCGGUGCGCGGUGCUCGUCGGUCCCCAAACAGGAAGAAUGGAGGACUCGUCGUCUGCGGGGAGCAGCUUCUCGUCCAGAGCCAAGAGAAAGGCGCAGGAGAGAGCUAAGAUCCUGCAACGGGAGGACCAGCGGAGGACGCUGAAGCUGGUGAGGUCGGGAAGCGGGGCUCCGGCGCCGGGACCGGCGUGUUUUAAGGUGUCGCGGAUCCUGAAGAAGUCGGAGUGGGAGCGCACGGCCGAAGAUGUGGCAGAGUUGGAGAGGCACAGCGAGACUGUGCGGGAGCUGUGCAGGAGGCAGAUGCGGCGGAACAUCCUGAAGAGGAAGCAGGAGGAGGUAUUCGACGACACGGACGACCUGCGGCGGAAAGUGGCACAGCUGGCAGAGGCGGUCCGCGGCGCCAGGAACCUCGUCGUGUACACGGGGGCGGGCAUUAGCACGGCGGCCUCAAUCCCCGACUACCGAGGUCCAAACGGUCUGUGGACUCAGCUGCAGAAAGGCAGAUCAGUGAGCACGUCGGACCUGAGCGAGGCGGAGCCCACACUGACACACAUGGCCAUCCGGAUGCUGCACAAGGAGAAGCUGGUGCAGCAUGUGGUGUCUCAGAACUGCGACGGGCUGCACCUGCGCAGCGGCCUGCCGCGACACGUCCUGUCUGAGCUCCACGGCAACAUGUUCAUCGAGGUGUGCACCUCGUGCUCCCCGGCGCGGGAGUGGAUCCGGCUGUUCGACGUGACGGAGCGGACCGCCCUGCACCGGCACGGCACGGGCAGGCUCUGCGGGCACUGCGGAGGGGAGCUGUGUGACACCAUCGUGCAUUUCGGGGAGCGCGGCACACUGGAGCAGCCGCUGAACUGGGAGGGGGCCGUCAGGGCCGCCGGUGCUGCCGACGCCAUCCUCUGCCUGGGCUCCAGCCUCAAGGUGCUUAGGAAAUACUCCUGCCUGUGGUGCAUGAACAGACCAGCCAACAGAAGGCCAAAGCUUUACAUAGUCAACCUGCAGUGGACACCAAAGGAUGACCUGGCAACCCUUAAAAUCCAUGGAAAAUGUGACGACGUCAUGCGUCUUCUGAUGGAGGAGUUGGACAUCCAGGUUCCUUCCUACGUCAAAGCAGAAGACCCCAUUUUCAGCUUGGCCACAAUGCUGACGCCUGGAGAAGAAAACAGUCACACUCGUAAAGUGGUAUCGCCAUCUACAGGGCUGGAGGAGAGAAUGACGGACACUGAGGGGCCGCGUCCAGGAGCUCCCGUCCAGGGUGGAUGGUUCGGACGAGGUUAUUCAAAGGGAAGGAGGAAGAAGAAAACAGCUUGAAUAACCCAGGUGUGGCAGAUUUUACCAGAAAGUAUUUAUUGAGAAUCCAGUCUCAGUUUCACGUGGUGCUAAUUAACUGUCUCAAAGGACCUUUGGUUUGGUAAAUGGGUAAUGUUACUGUUUAUUGAAUUUGACCUGUUUGCACCUUACUCUGUCCUCAGGUAUUUAGUCAGAGCAAUAAGCAACUUGACUGGGUCGUUAUUUCUGUUCACAAAGUCAACAGUGAAAAGAAAGGGUUGAAAACAUGCGGAUACGGCUGUUAGUUUAAAUGUUUACAUUUCUCCUGAAGUGGGUGCAAAUAAGCAGGGUGUAAAUAUAAUGUUUUACUGCGUUCUCUGUAUUUGCUUGAACAGUAUAAAGAAAUGAUUUUUGUUUUUAAGCUGCUGACCUAUCUUGGCCUUAUCCAGAAAGACAUGGUGGAGUGUAAAGGUCUAGUAGGGUCAUUGUGGAUGUUUGCUGUAAGACAGUGUUUCUCAAGCCAGUCCUCAGGGUCCCCCUGACAGUCCACAAUUUUGCUCGCUCCCAUCCCUGUACCAGGGAUUCGGGGCUCUUGAUUGCUUGGUUCAGGUGCACUCGGAGCUGUGAGGGAGCAAGAGUGCGGACUGUAAGGGGACCGGGUUCAGAACCACUGGUGUAAAAGGUCUAGACUUGUGACCCAAGCAUGCGGGUCCGGUGACUUCCCAUCUGCUGUUGUACCUCAGAGUGAGCCAUUUGGCCAGAGCUGCUCUGCAGCUAUGUAAGUAAGGGUAUAAUGGCAUGAUGCAUGUUAAUGUUUGCAGGUCAGGGUGUUUAAGGGUAUUUAAGCAUCUGAUGAACGUCGUACAGUGAUUUCGGGGUGAUGCAUUGUUAAACUCUUCAGUGUUCCUGUGUUCUGACCAGUCAGCGACCGGCCUGUCCGUAUCCUGGCAAAAUCGCGGCUGGGUCUGGAUCACGUGUACUCGCGAAUGUUCCUCCGUACUCUCAGGGGAUCCGGGACUGUGAUGCCGGGGUUUGGCGGUUACGAGGUCGCCCCCUGCCUGCCUCUGCCUGCACAGUCUCUGUCGCUCAUGUUUUGGUUAUUUUCGCUUACGCGGCCGGUCUUGACGUUUUGUAGACCACCCUGUUUGAACGGGUAUUUAUAAUUUGAAGUAUUUGUAUAGUUCCCAGGCACUGUGACUUGCAGAUGGACAAGGACCCAAGUCCAGCCUCUCAAGGUUUUUAUGUGCUGAUUGUAAUAAAAGUCUUUGUUUUA